CGUGUCCGUGCCGUUAGCUGGACGGUUGUCUCCCCGUUUGACAGCUGGUUCGGGCAGGAGGCACUGCUGAUGGACUCCGUUUCCCUCCUCGGGAUAUUUUAGCAGAAGCGGUCGAGAGCACCGGACCGAACCGGAAGCCGCAUCGCUCCGGUCCGGCCAUGGACGAGCAGGCGGGCCCCGGCGUCUUCUUCAACAACAACAACAACAACUCGGGUUUUCCCGGCGGUGGGAAUAUUAAAGCCCCGCAGACCGGAGACCUCGGCGGCGGCGGCGGCGGGGAGGCGGCCCGGGCUCAUUACAACAUCCCGGGGAUUUUACACUUUCUCCAGCAUGAGUGGGCCCGCUUCGAGGUGGAGAGGACGCAGUGGGAGGUCGAGCGGGCCGAGCUGCAGGCUCAGAUCGCCUUCCUGCAGGGGGAGAGGCGAGGUCAGGAGAACCUGAAGAAAGACCUGGUGAGACGGAUCAAGAUGCUGGAGUACGCCCUCAAACAGGAGAGGGCAAAAUACCAUAAGCUGAAAUAUGGAACAGAACUGAACCAGGGAGAGAUCAAACCUCCGUGUUAUGAUUCAGAUGAGGGGAAUGACAGUGAGGCUCCCAGUCCUCCCAACAGCAGCCAUCAGCUCAGCUGGAAACAAGGACGCCAGCUGCUCAGACAAUACCUGCAGGAGGUUGGAUACACAGACACCAUCCUGGAUGUGAAGUCUCAGAGAGUGAGAGCGCUGCUCGGUCUGACCGGAGACUCGGGAGAGAAACCUUCAGAGAAGAAAGCCGAACCGAUGGUCAACGGCACCGAACCGUCCUCCCUGAAGGACAGCGGCAUGGUCAGCAAACCCGACAUGUCCGACUCGGCCACCGUGUUAGAGGCCUUCAAGUUCAUAGAGAGCGCCGCAGCAGAAUUCAGCGACGAGGACGAGGAGGAGGACAGCGAAGGCAGGGACAAGACCAUCUUAGACCUGGCUACCAUGGUGAGGAAGAAACAGUCGUCCACCCCUUCUUCCACGACCUCUGACCUCAGCGACGACCCCGACACGGAGGAGGCUCUGAAGGGUUUCGAUUUCUUGGCGAGUCCGGACGAGCUGGAUGGAUCACCCGAGUCCAGGAGUGGGGAGGACAGCGGAGAGUGGGAGAAGGAAGAGCAGUCUCCUCUGGGUGAACUCGCCUGGGACGUGGACCAGGGACUGAUAGCCCAGCUCAAGGAGCAGUACAGGAAGGAACGCAAGGGCAAGAAGGGGGUAAAGAGACCAAACCGGUCUAAGCUCCAGGACAUGCUGGCUAACCUGCGGGAUGCUGAGGAGCAUCCCUCCAUGCAGCCGUCCGUGGCGCCUCCCUCCCGCCCCAGUGUACCCAGACUCAGUGAGCACGAAGUGGGGCGCCCUGAAGACGAGGCGAUGACUUUCCUGCCGUCGUCUGGGAAGUCGUUCAUCCUGGGCAGAGUGGACGAGGCGGUUUCUAACGAGCUCGGACUGGGAGAACUGGCCGGACUGACGGUCGCCAACGAGGCUGACAGCCUGGCGUACGACAUCACCAAUAACAGCGACGCUCUGAGGAAGACCUGGAACCCAAAGUUCACCCUGCGGAGCCACUUUGACUCGGUCCGGAGUCUGGCCUUCCACCCGGUGGAGCCCGUCCUGGUCACCGCCUCCGAGGAUCACACCCUCAAGCUGUGGAACCUCCAGAAGACGGCGCCCGCCAAGAAAUGUGCUGCUUUAGAUGUGGAGCCCAUCUACACAUUCAGAGCUCACAGCGGAGCCGUGCUGUGCGUCACCAUGAGCUCCAGUGGUGAGCAGUGCUUCAGUGGGGGGGUGGACGGCACCAUUCAGAGCUGGAACACCCCCAACCCCAACAUCGACCCCUACGACUCAUAUGAGCCCUCUGUCCUGCGGGGGGCGCUGUGCGGCCACACAGACUCGGUGUGGGGUCUGGUCUACAGCUCGGCCCACCGUCGCCUCCUCUCCUGCUCGGCUGAUGGGACGGUCCGGCUGUGGAACGCCGCCGACAUCUCGCCGUCUCUCGCUGUUUUCAGCGAGAGAGAAGAGCUGGGAGUCCCGACCUCGGUGGACCUGGUGAGCAGCGAUCCGGCUUACAUGGUGACGUCUUUCACCACCGGCCACAUCGGACUCUUCAACAUGGAGACGCAGCAGCUCGUCCUGAAGCUGGAGUCGGCCGGCCCGCCGGAGGCUCCCUGCAAGAUCAACAAAGUGCUGAGUCAUCCCACGCUGCCAAUCACCAUCACAGCUCAGGAGGACCGGCACAUCCAGUUCUUCGAUAAUAACACAGGUAAACUGAUCCACUCGAUGGUCGCCCACCUGGACUCCGUCACGAGUCUCGCUGUGGAUCCAAACGGACUGUACCUCAUGUCUGGAAGUCACGACUGCUCGAUCCGCCUGUGGAACAUGGAGAGCAAGACGUGCAUCCAGGAGUUCACCGCUCACCGCAAGAAGUCCGAGGAGUCGAUCCACGACGUGGCGUUCCACCCCACCAAGUGCUACAUCGGCAGCGCCGGGGCCGACGCGCUCGCUAAGGUCUUCGUAUGACCCGAAAACCGGCCUGCAGCUGACGAGCGGCGUCACGGAGAGGAAACGCUGAGAUGGAAGAGGGUGGAGUCCGUCUCCACUUCUGAGUCUGGAUGAGGAAGCAGAAAACUGAAGGUGACAGUGACCCGGACCGCUCCUUUAAGAUUUGUCAAAUAUUUGUCCCACCCACGCCCCACGCCCCCCUCUCUCUUCGGACUUAGGCUGGCCCGGGUCCCGAAACAAACAAACCUCUGGAUAAGACGAUGAAUGAAACAGGAAGUGGCAGAAAAUAAAAGCAGGAUCUCUCGGUACAUUUAACUAAAGCUGGAAUCUUUUCUUCUUUCUUUAACAGAUAAAAACUCGCUAACCCCAAACACGCCCGUAAGCCGCCCGUCGUUCAUGAUAAGGUGCCUUUUUUCUCCAGAACAGAAAAUUCUUUUAGGUGUUGAGGAAAAUUGAUUUUGUGCAUCAGAAGAGCGGCCAGGUCAACGUUUCCUCUUUCAAAAUAAGCAGAGUAACGAGCCAAAAGAUUCGCUCAGAUCCGAAUGUUUCAUGAUCUUAUCCCACAUGUGGAGACGGAGCCGCUGAAGAUGGCCGCCGACUCGCCGCGGGGGACUCGGUGGAUUUUUGCUUUUGAAUUAAUUUGGUGUGAUUUUAUUAUUUUCUGUUAUAAAAAAAAAAAAAAAACUUUAAGCUGUGCCUGCAGCCUGAAGAAGACUUGGGUCGGCCACGAGGACAAAGUUUCAUCCUGUAAACGCCCACGCAGGCGGUAAGAGGUCAAAGGUCAUGACCCUGAGCUGCUCUGGAGUCAGCGCCUCAGAUCACAAACACUUGAAAGGUUUCAUUUCCAGAUGAGAUGGUUUAGACACUUCACUGAAACGAGGAUUCGCCGCUGUGCGUUUGCGUUUCCGUGUAGCGAUCGGCCGGAACAGACGCAGCAAAAUUCAUUCACGCGCCCUCACAAAGCAGCUCGUGCUAGAAGUUUGGUGACAUAGUGACGAGUGCUGCCGGUCGCUAACGAGACAAAACGUUCACACUAACGUAAACGUAGCUCCCGUCUCACGUAACCCUGCUCCGGCAGGGCGUGGUUACGUGAAACGGCCAGGUGUCGUAAUGCAGUAAUCCAUGUAGUUAAAACAGGCGGUUAAAAAGGUUAAACAUUAUAAAUCCAGAAACAUUUCAUUUGUUUGUUUUUGUGUAUUUAAAAAAACGAGGUUCAGUGACCAAUAGAGGCCAGAAGGUGGCAGUAAUGAUUCAGCCAGAGUUGCGGACAUGAGAGGACUUAGCUAACACGAGAGACGCGUCAACAGUUUGUGCAGUGAAGAGGGGGAACGUUGAAACGUCAGCAGCGUGCGAGUGCUCAGCAUGCAAACAUAAUGGGGACCCACUCGCAAAAACAUAGUUCCUCUAGUGGUCAGACUCUGCACGGGGGACCUUUAACUCCCCAUCGAGUUCCUUCGGUCCCGAUUAAUGAGCAGAGUCCGAUCUGAUAUCCGAUGCGCACUCGAGCUGCAGCCUGGAAAUGAGGUCAGGCGGAGCUCGACUCGUCCUGGAAGAACCGCUUGUGCUCCGUAGUUAAAUAGUAAAAAUGACGAAUACAUUCAGCGCAGCAGAGGAUGAUUAAAGAUCUAACAGCUGCAGACGACGGGAGCUUCUUGAUCCAAAUACUGAAGUUCCCGCUUCAAAACUACUCCGUUUACUUAUUGAUCUGAUAUGAAUACGAGUUUCACUGAGAGACAGCGAUCGGCCGAUCGUUGAACUAGAGAAGACGUAUCGCUCUGUUGAUAUUCUUGGAGCAACAGUAACGCGUUCAGACACUGAUCCGACGCAGAUGAAUUAGCUGGGAGUUCUUUCAUUUCUGCACAUCGAGCCGUGGUGUGUCGGGAACUCGAGAAAAGCUUUAAAAUGUCUCGGGUGAGUUCAGGUGUAG